UGAAACGUUUGGGAUUAAAACGUUUUAAUUUUUACAAACAGUUUGGAAAAAACAACAGAUACCACUGUGCACUGAAAAAUAGACAGGGAACGUAAAAUAGUCUGUGAAAUACGCUUGACAUCGCAUUUCGCGAGCAACAGUGAAGUCAUCGUUUCUCCUCCAGUCAAACGGAGCCAUAUGAGGUGACUCUGAUUUACUCGCUGUCUGGAUUCGCUGAUUAUCUAUCGUUACACAGUUUUUAUGAUGACAGGUAGACUUUAGCUUAGAGGACAGAAGCCGAAACUUGCUUUGACAUCACAGCCUUCAUUGGGUAAAGCGUUGACCAGAAUCGGACGUGGCUAAUGUUAGUGAAGGAGCAGGAGGCGAAUCAUUUGUUUCCCAUCAUGUCAGAGGGGUUCCGUUAUUUUUAGCGAACACUGCAGGCUAAUGGUGGCGAACGACGCGUGACUCUCAGUCAAUCAGUGUGUUGUUUGGUGGGAAAAGCGACGUAAAUGGAGCAGUGGCAGGACGCGGCCUUCCGCCAGGUCGAGCUGCUCGCAAACCGUUUGAAUGGAGCCUUGUCUAAAGGCAUAGAGUUGCUGCGUUCCGAGCUCGGCGUGGAUCUGGGACUGAAGCCCGAACUCAUUCCACCAUGGCUGCUCCUGUUAGCGGCGUGCUCUGGGGUGCUGCUAAUGCUUCUGCUCUGGGCCUCUCUCUGCCGUGGGCUCUUCGGGAAACGACCGCCUGUGAGUACCGUGGAUGACCGAGCUGAAGUCGUGCGUGGUGUCAGCAAAGCAGCUAAAGCCGAAGAACCGAAGAAAAAGAGGAAAAAAUCGGAAAAGAAAGCUCAGCCCAAUGGAAGAGCUGUUCCCGAAGCACAAGAAGAAGCCAUUGUGUCAGAGGAAUCGGUGCCACAUCAGCAGUCUCCUCCAGCUGAAGUCAAGUCUGAAAAAGCUGCAGAGACAAAGAAGUCCAAGAAGAAGGCCAAACAGGCUGCCAAAGAGACCAAACCAGUGAGCGGAGAUGGAAAAGAACCAGAAGAAGGCACCUGGGAGACCAAGGUUAGUAACAAGGAAAAGCGAGAGCAACGAAAGAAGGAUAAAAACUCAAGUGAUGGUUCAGCUAGUCCUGGUGGAGGAAAUACACCAGUGAACAAUCCUCCAGAGCCUCCGAAAGAGUCUGCGACCCCAGCACCUGCAACACAGAAGAAGAAAAAAGGAGAGGCAAAAGAAAAAGCAAAGGUGGAGAAAGUUGAGGCUCCCAUACCUCAAGCGCCCAGCAGAGAGGUGGCGCCAGUGACUCCUGCUGCUGCUCCUGCUCCUGCUCUUGCUCCUGUUCCGGCUCAGUCAAUUAAGACUCCUGCUCUGAGCGUUUCUACGAAGCCAGGAACCUGGACAGCUAGCCGAGAACCAAUGUCCCUGUGGAGAUCAGAAAUUGAUGAAUCCUGGACUGUGAUUGACCGAGGUUUACCCUCAUCGGACAUGGGUCUCUCCUUCACUGGACUUGGAGUUAGUCCUGCAGAGCCUCACCCAGUGAGUGAGCUGCCCUGGCUGAGUCAGACCAGAGUGGAUGAUGAGUGGUCCGGCAUCAAUACUGGAUCAGCUGACUCUGAUUGGAACGCCCCGUCUGAAGCCUGGGGUAACUAUGAGGAGGCCAAUCACAAACCCCCUCCUGUUCAGGAGGAGCCACUCCCUGAGCCUGUGAAGGACAAAGAUGAGGAGGAAAAGAACAAGACAGAUACAGCUUCUGAUGGAGUGACAAAAGCUAAGAAGAAGAAAAAGAAGAAGAAGAAUGCAGAAGAAAAUGGAGCGGUUGGCCAGGUUAAUUGUGUGCAGGGUGAGGAGCCAGAGAAAGAGGAAGCACCAGUGACCUCAGUGAAGAAGAAGAAGAAGCAGCAGGCGGCACCUCAGGACAAUGUUGCUGUCGUCCAGCCUGUGAAAACAGCUGCGACUGAGGUGAAAAUGGAGCGACCACCGAAGGAAAACACACCUUCCAAACCCUCUCAUACACAAGUGCCACAGAAGCCCAUGGAUAAGGAUGUCGCAGCUAAGCAGAACAGCCUUCCAGCUGCAGUUGAGCAGAAAAAACCAGAGGAGAGCCAAGCACCUAAACCAGCAAAGAAGAAGAAGGCACGGCGAGAGACAUGAGGUGGUGUAAUCUCUGUAUGCAACAGAAUUCUUUUCCCCUGUUUAUGCAACAUCUUUUGUGACAAAGACGUUGAACUGAGGUCUUUGAUGAACUUGUCUUAAAACCUGUCUGGAAACUGAAAACUUUUUUUUUUUGUUUUACUCGUCGAGUGUCAGUCAGUGGAUCAUUGAAAACUGAACCUAGUUGCAGUGCAAUCUAAUGUGAUGUUGAUGACUUGAGUACGAGAUACUGAUUCUGUCCACUAAUUCUACUGAAUCUACUAGGUGAUUGAAGGAGCUGUAUGAUAGUCAUUAGACAUGUAGGAAGAACUGAACCUGUUUAUAAAAUUAAGAGCAUGAGAAUGUUCGCCAUGUUUGGAGCCACUCAACAUUCAGGCCACUGUGAUAAACUGGCCUGUAAUUUUUUUUUUUAAAUUUUGGUGUGUGAGUCAUCAUUGUACAAGGAGCGCUGGUAACUCAAACAGUGCUGCCUCAGUGGGUUGUAUACAUUUGUGACAUCAUAGACAAACAUUGAAAUCAUCACCGCUCUGUAUGUUUUGGCAUUUCCUGUCUGUGAACCAAGAUUUCACCAACUUUCAUGGUUUGUCUCUAAGCUGAUGUGCUGUGCUGUCAAACUUUGUCUGAUGUGUGUAUGAGCCACCCGAUUGUCGAUGUACCAUUGAAACAUCUUCAUCUCUAUCAGCAUUUUCGCCCUGGAAUUGAUUUGAACGUCUUCAGAAUCUUUUGUAAAACCUGUUUGUAAGAAAAGAAAAGCUAAAGCCAUAUGUAUAAAUAAUAAAGGCCAGUUUUUCUAUA